AAACCUGGUUAUCCCGUCGGUGUUUUACAGUUCAUGUCUCGUAAAAAGAAAAAAAAGCAGAGCUGAGGGAAAGUACGCUGUAAAGAAGCGGAGCGGUACGCACACGGAGGCCGUGUUGUUACUAGAGUGUCUGGAAGUCGUUUUUUGAGGGUUUCUCUCGUGCCUUACAAUAUGGAGCCCUGAGUUACUGCACGCCGCACUGAGAAGUUGUUGUGGAACUUUAUUUUCUUUAUUGGACCGCUGACAGCUAAAGCAAAGAUGUACGCGGGAGCCAACCCCGCAAUUGUGCCCGCACCACCUCCACCACCUCUUCCAAUGCCUGCAUAUACCUUCAAACCACCACCACGGCCAGAUUUUGGCACAUCAGGGCGGACGAUCAAGCUCCAGGCAAACUUCUUUGAAAUGGACAUUCCCAAAAUUGACAUUUACCAUUAUGACAUAGACAUAAAACCUGAAAAAUGUCCCAGAAGAGUUAACAGUCUUGAGCAUCUACAAGCUCUUUUGCAGGAAGUUUUACUUGCUUUAGCAGUAGAGGAUCCUACUAACGAGAAACAAGAUCGAAACAUUUAUUUAAAACAGUGCCUAAGCAACAGUCUACCUUCCCAGUACCUGACUUGGUUUCUGAUUUGGUUUCAAAGGAAUGGAAGAAACCUGGGAUUUGCUUUUAUCAGCCACCUCUGCAAAAUUUGCAAUAUGGGUAACCAUCCUAAAAGUGGAUGGAGCAAUAUCCAUUCUUGCAAAGUGGACUACAAUUCCUUUAGAGUGGAAUUGGAAGUCACGUUGCCUGGGGAAGGAAAAGAUCGCAUCUUCAAAGUUGCAAUCAAGUGGAUGGCAUGUGUGAGCCUUCAAGCAUUACAUGAAGCUUUGUCUGGUCGUCUCCCCAGUGUUCCAUUCGAGACUAUCCAGGCAUUAGAUGUAGUAAUGAGGCAUUUACCCUCUAUGAGGUAUACACCUGUGGGUCGAUCAUUCUUUACUGCUUCUGAAGGAUGUGCUAAUCCUCUUGGUGGGGGUAGAGAAGUUUGGUUUGGUUUCCAUCAGUCUGUUCGACCAUCAUUAUGGAAAAUGAUGCUCAACAUAGAUGUGUCUGCCACAGCAUUUUAUAAAGCACAACCAGUAAUAGAGUUUAUGUGUGAAGUUUUGGACUUUAAAAGCAUUGAAGAACAACAGAAACCUCUGACAGAUUCCCAAAGGGUUAAAUUUACCAAAGAAAUAAAAGGCCUAAAAGUGGAGAUUACUCACUGUGGACAAAUGAAGAGAAAAUACAGGGUUUGCAAUGUCACAAGACGCCCAGCAAGUCACCAAACAUUUCCUCUCCAACAAGAGAGUGGUCAGACAGUAGAAUGCACCGUUGCACAGUAUUUUAAAGAUAGACACAAACUAGUUCUUCGCUACCCACAUCUUCCAUGUUUACAGGUUGGGCAGGAGCAAAAACAUACAUACCUUCCUCUUGAGGUAUGUAACAUUGUGGCAGGUCAAAGAUGCAUAAAGAAAUUGACAGACAAUCAAACCUCUACUAUGAUCAGAGCCACUGCCCGUUCUGCUCCAGAUCGUCAAGAAGAGAUCAGUAAAUUAAUGCGAAGUGCAAGCUUUAAUACUGAUCCAUUUGUGAGAGAAUUUGGAAUUAUGGUGAAAGAUGACAUGACAGAUGUUACUGGCAGAGUCCUUCAACCUCCUUCAAUCCUUUAUGGAGGCAGGAAUAAAGCAAUUGCAACACCUGUCCAGGGUGUUUGGGAUAUGAGGAACAAGCAGUUUCACACAGGCAUUGAGAUUAAGGUGUGGGCGAUUGCUUGUUUUGCUCCUCAGCGGCAGUGCACUGAAGUUCAUCUAAAGACUUUUACUGAACAAUUGAGGAAGAUUUCUCGAGAUGCUGGGAUGCCCAUCCAAGGACAACCAUGUUUUUGUAAAUAUGCCCAAGGAGCUGAUAGUGUGGAACCCAUGUUCAGGCAUUUAAAGAACACUUAUACUGGACUUCAGCUGAUUGUUGUUAUUCUGCCAGGCAAAACACCUGUUUAUGCGGAGGUUAAGCGUGUGGGGGACACUGUGUUAGGCAUGGCGACGCAGUGUGUGCAGAUGAAAAAUGUGCAGAGAACCACACCACAGACUUUAUCCAACCUGUGCUUGAAGAUCAAUGUCAAGUUAGGAGGCGUCAACAACAUCUUGCUGCCUCAGGGCAGACCUCCAGUGUUUCAACAGCCAGUAAUAUUCCUUGGGGCAGAUGUAACCCACCCACCAGCAGGGGAUGGUAAAAAGCCUUCAAUUGCAGCGGUUGUAGGUAGCAUGGAUGCUCACCCCAACAGAUAUUGUGCCACCGUGAGAGUACAGCAGCACAGGCAGGAGAUCAUCCAAGACUUGUCUGCCAUGGUUCGUGAACUUCUCAUCCAGUUCUACAAAUCUACACGCUUUAAACCUACAAGGAUCAUCUUCUACAGAGAUGGUGUCUCUGAAGGUCAAUUCCAGCAGGUUCUUCAUCAUGAGCUGCUUGCUAUACGAGAAGCUUGUAUAAAACUAGAAAAGGAUUACCAGCCUGGGAUUACCUUCAUUGUUGUUCAGAAGAGGCAUCACACACGCCUUUUCUGUACUGACAGAAACGAGCGGGUAGGGAAAAGUGGCAAUAUACCAGCUGGUACCACAGUGGACACAAAGAUCACCCACCCCUCAGAGUUUGAUUUUUAUCUAUGCAGUCAUGCUGGUAUACAGGGAACAAGUAGGCCCUCACAUUAUCAUGUUCUCUGGGAUGAUAAUCGUUUCUCAUCUGAUGAGCUUCAGAUUCUCACCUACCAGCUCUGUCACACUUAUGUACGAUGCACUCGUUCCGUGUCUAUUCCUGCUCCUGCAUACUAUGCACAUCUUGUGGCAUUCAGGGCACGGUAUCAUUUGGUGGACAAAGAGCACGACAGCGCUGAAGGCAGCCACACCUCGGGCCAGAGUAACGGAAGAGAUCACCAAGCACUUGCUAAAGCAGUCCAGGUUCACCAGGACACACUACGCACGAUGUACUUUGCCUAACUGCUGUUGCCACCAGUGAUGGAGCAGUACGGGCAGAGCAUUCACGCCAGACCAGCUGCACUUAGUUGUAGUCCAGUCUACAAUGGCAUCCAGCAAAAGUGCACCCUUCUAUAACCCCAUGGUUCACAAUAUCUUGUUUUGUUUAACAAACCUUCCGUCCAGAGAAGUUUCACUAUUUCAUUUUAAUUUUGACAAACCUGCUACAGAUGUUGUAAUCUGGGGUUUGCUAAAAUUGUGAUAGUUUACAAAAGCAGAUGUGGGAAAAAUACCCAUUGAAACAUUGGUCACAUGGAAUCUCAGGGCUUAAACAGAUGCUAUGAAUUAAGUUUUCAAUGUAUGUAUUCCAUGUUCGGUUGCCAGAGUGAUAGCCUGCUGUACACUUUUUUUUUUUUUAAGGACCGUGAAGGGUUGAGAGGAAAAACAAAUGUUUAGCUUAGUAUGUAAAGCCUUAAAUUUUAAUACAUUUCUUAUGAAUUCCUCUUUCAGUCUGUACAAUUUGUGUCAAAUAUGCUGGUACAUAAAGUUAUGUAUUUCAGGCUGUAAAAUUAAAUCGCACGUAACUUGAAGUCCAUUGUGACUCCAAAUUUUAAAAUUCAUAGUAUUCAUUUCAAGUUUUAUUUAUUUAUUAUUAUUUUUUUUAGUUUAAUUUUAGUUAUUUUAAUUUUGCCAUUCAGGACCCCAUCAGAAUAGACAAAGUAGUUGAUAUAAUUACAUUGGUCUUAAUGAGCUUUAAAGUUUGUUUUCCAAAGUUGCUUGUGAAUACGGGUCUGUGGCAAUCAGAACAGUACAAUCAUGGUAAGCUAAUGUACAGAUUUCUGUUUAGCAGUAUUAAUGUAAGAGUUGACUUCCUAUUUAUUUAUUUACACAAAGUGCAGCCUAUCAUUAUUAUUAUUGACAUAUCUGUUCUAUCAAUUAAAGAUCCUGUCACUGACUAUGAAAUCUGUAUCAUUGAUUUAAAAUGCUCUACAUGCCCCACCGACAGAGAAUGGAUUAAAGCCUUAUUUCUUUAAUGUUAAAUAUGUAGCCCCCAAAAAGUAGAUGUAGUUUAAUUGUUUGUCAAAUUGUAUGAAAUGCUUUUGUUUUCUGUUUUAGUUAACAAAAGGGACUUCACAUUUAAUAAUUGAGGCUUUUGAAAUAUACCAUACCGCUUUACUGUUUUAUUGUAUUUAUUUGUAUCCUCUGCCCCAGCUUCUGAAAAAAAUAAAUGUUGUCUUUGACCACCACA